CAGCCAUUACCGGGGAGCGCGGAGCCGCCGCCGCCGUCUCGCCGAGCUCCGCGGCUCCGCCGCCGGCACGGAGAGGGGCCGCCAUGGCGGCGUAGCCUCCCCUCAGCCCGCCCCUUCCUCCCCGCCGCGGGCGCUGAAGGCGCGGCGGCGGCGCGGCCUAGCGCGGAGGGGCGGAUCCCCGGCCUCGCGUAGCGGCUGCUGCCCGCCGAGAGCCGCCCUCCCCGGGGCCAUGUCCCUCGUGGCCUACGCCAGCAGCGAGGAGGACAGCGAUGCGGAAGAGCCCGCGGCCGAGGAGGAGGAAGCUCCCGCUUCCCCUCCGGCCGCAGAAGAGCAGCCCCCGGCCCAGGGGGGGCUUUUCGCCGCGCUGCCCCCGCCCAGAGCCCCCGCGGUGCCCCCGCCGUUCCUCAUGGGCCCCCCGCCCGCCGUGAGGGGCUUCGCCAGCGCCUCGCCGGGCCAGGCCGGGGCUGAGAGCCCCCCCGAGCCGGCCGACAGCGGGGACGGGGCCGCGGAGCCCCCCAGGCCGAGGGGCCUCCUCCUGCCGCCCCCCAGGAACGCGGCGGCCGCCGCCUCCCCCCUCGGCCCGCCCGGCCCGGCCGCCCCCGGCGCGGGUUUGGGCCUCCCCAAGCCAAAGAAGAGGACGGAGCCGGUGCGGAUCGCGGCGCCCGAGCUGCAGAAGGGAGAUUCAGAUUCAGAGGAAGAUGAACCAGCAAAGAAGAAAAAUACUCUUCAGGGACGCGGCGAGGGCUCCGGCUUGUCCGCUCUGCUUCCUCAGCCCAAAAAUCUGACAGUGAAAGAGACCAACCGGUUACUGCUGCCCUACGCCUUCUCCAGGAAGGCGGGAGAGAACUCCGACUCCAAGCCUGCCAAGGCCCCGACCUCUUCCUCCUCCAAAGCCAAACCCGCGUCCAAGCCGGCCGUGCCCACCACUCCGUCCCCGUCGGCCAUCAAAGCCGCGGCCAAGAGCGCGGCGCUGCAGGUAACCAAGCAGAUCACGCAGGAGGAGGAGGACAGCGACGAGGAGCUGGAGCCAGAGAACUACUUCUCCUUGUCCGACAGGAGCGAGCCCAGCGCCGCGGGCGCCGAGCCCUACCUGUACCCCGGCACGGUGGGCGCGGAGGACCCACCGCCCGGCACAGAGCCGGAGCCCCAGUUCCAGGACGCGGCCGCCAACGCCCCUCUGGAGUUCAAGACGGGCGCGGGCUCGAGCGGGGCUCAGCACAGCUGGGCACCCAAACCCGGCGAGGACUACGGCAGCCACCCCUACGGUCAGUUCCCCCCUGCCUACGGAGAGCCCGGCGGCUACUACCAGGAUUACUACAGCAGCGGGUACUACCCCGAGGUGGAACCAGCCCAGGCACCGCCGCAGGAGACGAGCACCGACUCCUCCUUCAUCGACGACGAAGCGUUCAAGCGUCUGCAAGGCAAGCGGAACCGGGGGAGGGAGGAGAUCAACUUUGUGGAUAUCAAAGGUGAUGACCAGCUGAGCGGGGCCCAGCAGUGGCUGACCAAGUCCCUGACGGAGGAGAAGACCAUGAAGUCCUUCAGCAAGAAAAAAGGAGAUCAGCCCACGGGACAGCAAAGGAGAAAACACCAGAUCACAUACCUGAUCCAUCAGGCCAAGGAGAGAGAGCUGGAACUGAAAAACACAUGGUCUGAAAACAAGCUCAGCAGACGGCAGACUCAAGCCAAAUACGGAUUCUGACACAUCUGUCCCACUUUUUGGCUGGCGUCCCGCGUGACCUGCGGUGUCCGACGGCUCCCGGGAGAUGAGCCCGGCCCCGCGCAGGACGGGGCUGCUCGGCGGGAGGGAGGACGCUGCGCUGCCUGGCCUGGCAGGAGGAAGGUUCAUUGCGAGCCAGUCCUGAUGAAACUCCACCUGUAAUCCUUCCCUUCCCUCCUUGUAAACGAUAACGUGGAAGGUUCCGACCAGCCGAGGACGGUCCCGAGGUGCCGCAGGGAAUGUGCCAGGAGCGAGGCUGGAGCUCCUGUCCCGUGGGAGCAGGGGCUGCUCCUCCCGCCGCCAGACCCUCCGGCAGAGGCUCAAUAAACUCCCAAUUCCCACUUUGCUCUCCUGGACUCCCUGUGCAUUGAGGGUGUUGUUUUUCUUUUCUAAGAGACGGUGAGUUCCAAGAGCAAGCCUGGCUUUGGAUUUUUUAUUUUGUCCUUAUCUUUGAGAUGUCCUCGUGGCUGCUUCCUCAUGUCUGAGCCACUCCAGCUCUCCUCUCCUGCUGAUGAUUUUGAUAUCCUGGUUUUUAAGUUGGUGUCCACGGCCUGAGCCACGCUGAGGGGACACCUCAGUGCAGGACAGAGUCUGUGAGAGGUGUCCCCACGUGCAGGAGGCACACGGUGGUGAGGCUCUCCUGCCUGGCACACUCAGGGCUUUGGGAUACCCUGAGCCAUGCGUGUAUGUACAUUGUCCUUCCCUUUUCCCCCUUCUUUCCUCCUCCCCCUACAGUGGUGCCCCAGGCUGUUCCCAGACUCAUCAAACUGAGUGUCCCAGUGUCCUGCUGGGAGUGAGCUCGGCAGUGUUUCCUCUGGGCACACACACAGGAGAGCUGCCAACUGUACUUUUUUUUUUCCCAGCUUGUUUGUAACAGUUCUGUUCCAAUUAAGUGCUGACUUUAUCCUCCUGGCUGGGAAGAGGAGACCGUGUCCAGCCCUAACUUCUUAAAAUUAAACAUUUUUUUUUAUUUAAGGAAUUCCAUCAAGGUGAUGCGACUGCAAAUCCUGUGCAGCCCUGCUGGCCUAAUCCAUGGAUCCAGAACUCUGUGGCAUCACUUUGUUGUUCACCAAACCGUGUGAUGCUGAGGGGAGCAGAGAGCUGGUCUGGUUAUUUAACUUACAUUCCCACCACUCUGGGUUAUACUCGUAACCACAGCUGAAACGGCCAAUAUUUGUUUUUCCAGUAAGAAAAACUCCCGAGAGGGGUUUUUUCUCCCAUGUUGUCUGUUAAAAACAAGGAAACCCCCUAUGACUGAAGUCUUUUCUUAGAACACUUUAAACUAAUCUCAUUUCUAGUUUAGUUCCCUGGAUGUUUAGUACUUUGCAAAGCCCGUUUUGAGUAUUUGAAUGAUCAGAAUAAAGUUACUGUUGAGUAAUUUAUUCAUA